GCUCUCAUUGCUGUAACAAGCUCUUCAUGGAUGCGUGAUUUCGAGUAACGCCACCAGAGGGCGCAAUGAUGCCGUGAUUCUCAUUCAUGGUGUUGGAUGCACAUCCUCUGUCUCAACAAACCACUUGAGUCGGAGAAAGCUUGCUGGCUUGCUUGUACCGUAGUUCUUUUGUGAGAAGGUUGUGGGAAAAAUGGUACGAGAAAAGACAGGCAUUGGAACAGUAGUAGGCUAUUGCAUGCGAACUCUUGUCCCUGGACACUGAGAGCAACCUAAAUUUCAGUUAGAGAGAAUACAUCACUUGUGCAGCGUGGAAGGACCAGUGGAUAUACCCUAGGACCAGUAGAAGUACUGAUGGGAGCAGUGGAUAGGCCUACCUCACACCACCUUGGACCAGUACAGAGCAGUGGAUACCCCAUAGGACCAGUAGAAGUGCUGGUGAAGAACCUACUUGAAAACUUAACCUGACUGGAGAAGCAACCAAAACUGCCCUCGGUUCGGGCCUCCUCUACUCUCCCUCCAGCACGUCUGCUUCCAGGCACGGGCCAUCUUGUGGGGCUCCACGGAGUUCCUCUCGACCCUGGAGCUACACGUUUUCAGAGCAAAACUCAGACAACAAACCGCCUGCUCAAGUCAAGACACAGGCCUACCUGGCUGGCAGGUGAACUGGGACUGGGGCCAGCAUAGGGGUCGUCCCUACCCUUCCAGCCAGGCUCCUACUGCCCAUGGUGGCCACGGCUCUUCUGGUGACCAUGGGCAAUGGAUCCAUCAAAGCCGCCCGCGUGGAAGAGAACGGCCUGGACGCCUCAGGGGCGGCCCAGGGGGCAAAGGUCAUGUCCACUGUCGAUGGCGGCGGCGGUGGUGGUGCUGCUGGUGGGCGGGGCGUGGAAUGGGAGGCGGGUGUUCUGCGUGGGCGCGUCGCCCGUCUGGAGGAGGAGCUAGCCAAGCGCGAGCGCGAGAUGCACAUGCAGGAAGUGACGCUGCAGGCGCUCCGCCGCGAGCUGGAGGCCAAACUCGCGCAGAUCGACAAACUCCAGGACGCUAUUGGCUACCACCAGCAGCAGCAGCAGCAGCAGCAUCACUACGGCAACCGAGCGACGACGGCGCCCUGGCAGUGCUCGCCGCCCUUCAUGCCUACCGGUGGUGGGGGUGGCACCGGCGGAGGGGUGGGCGCUGGCCGCCACAGUAGACGGUUGCUGAGCGUCAUCAACCAGGCCCCUGCCCGCUUCCAGCGUGUGGCAGCAGAGGUGCACCGGCGGCUGCGGGCCAAAGAGGGCGUGUCUGCUGAGCCCACCUCCGGCCACUUUGGCCCCGCCCAGCCGCCGCAGAGCAGGGCGCAUUACCUGUCGGGCGAGAUGGCGCGAGUACGCAAGGACUCCAGUACGAGGCGUCUGAUCAACGAGGCCUUGAUGAAUAACGACUUCCUGAAGAAGUUGGAGCCGCAGCACGUGCGUGAGAUGGUGGAGUGCAUGUUCGAGCGCGUCUACACCACGCAGCAGCUGGUCAUCCAGGAGGGACAGCCGGGAAACUACCUCUACGUGCUGGCAGAUGGCCUGCUGGAGGUGAGCCAGAGUGGGAGGCUGCUGGGCCAGAUGCGGCCCGGUACGGCCUUCGGGGAGCUGGCCAUACUCUACAACUGCAAGAGGACCGCCACUGUCAAAGCUGUGGCCGAGUCCCACAUCUGGGCUCUGGACAGGCAAACAUUCCAGAAGAUCAUGAUGAGGUCCACACAGGCUCGCCAUGAGGAGUACUUCAGCUUUCUACGCAGUGUGGCUCUCCUUAAAGACCUACCUGAGGAGAAACUGGCCAAGAUAGUAGACUGUUUGGAAGUGGAUUACUUUGAUGAAGGGGACUACAUCAUCCGCGAGGGGGAAGAAGGGAACACGUUUUUCAUCAUUGCACAUGGAGGGGUGUGUGUUACCCAGACUACGGAGGGCUGCACAGACCCUCAACACAUCAAGACUCUGGGAGUAGGGGAUUAUUUUGGAGAGAAAGCCCUCAUCAGUGAAGACGUCAGAUCAGCCAACAUCAUUGCCACGGAGAACAACACACAAUGCUUGGUAUUGGAUCGAGAUAACUUCAACCAGAUGGUGGGCACCUAUGAGGAGCUGCAGGCCUACUUGAGAGAGUAUGUGGAGCAGCUAUCACGCAGUGACGAGAGGAGAAACGCUGUCCCCCAGUCUCCGCUGCAGUGUGACACCAGCCCCGAGGCCCAGGAGCAGCGUCGUCUCAGGGAGAAGCUGGCCCGCCUCUCCUGCUCCUCCUCCUCCUCUUCUGGGCUGCAUCACCUGCAGCAGGUGGCCACCCUGGGCAUGGGCGGCUUCGGACGCGUCGAGCUGGUGAAGCUGAAGGAUGAGGAGACAGGCUUUGCUCUGAAGUGCAUCAAGAAGAAGCACAUCGUGGACACUCGGCAGCAGGAGCAUAUCUACUCAGAGAAGAACAUCCUGCAGCAGACACACUCCAAGUUCAUAGUCAAGUUGUACCGGACGUUUCGUGAUGAUAAGUAUGUGUACAUGCUGUUGGAGGCGUGUCUGGGAGGAGAGCUGUGGAGCGUGCUGAGGGAUAUGAGCUGCUUUGAGGAGCCCACUGCUCGCUUCUGCAUCGGGUGUGUGCUGGAGGCCUUCGACUACCUGCAUGGUAGAGGCAUCAUCUAUCGGGACCUCAAGCCUGAAAACCUCCUGCUGGAUGCUGAGGGCUACGUGAAAAUGGCAGACUUCGGCUUUGCGAAGCGCAUUGGUCUGGGCAAGAAGACGUGGACCUUCUGUGGCACGCCGGAGUACGUGGCCCCCGAGGUCAUCAUGAAUAAGGGCCACGACUUUGGGGCCGACUGCUGGUCGCUCGGCAUACUCAUCUUUGAGCUGCUCAUCGGCAGUCCGCCGUUCAGUGGUUCGGACCCCAUAAAGAUCUACACCAUGGUUCUGCACGGCAUUGAGAAGGUGGACUUCCCCAAGCGCAUCAGCAAGCGGCCAGAGGACCUCAUCAGGAGACUCUGCAAGCUCAACCCUGCAGAGAGACUGGGCAACAAGAAGAAUGGAAUUAUAGACAUCAAAAAGCACAAGUGGUUCCAGGGCUUCAACUGGGAGGGCCUGAGACGAGGCAAAAUGGCGUCUCCACUCAAGAGAGAGCUGAAGGGCCCCCUGGACCAUAGCCACUUUGACAUCUUCCCACCGGACCUGGAGGAACCGCCCGACGAGCUGUCAGGAUGGGACAAGGACUUCUGAAGAAAAGAUCGAGAUGGGACAAGAACUUCCGAAGAAGAGAAAGAGACAGAGAGAACAACAGGAGACAAUGAGAUGACUAAAGAGCAGACAAUGCAAGAGAGAAGCAGUGUUCAAGGACGAGCUACGCAGAACACAAAAUCUUUGGAGAGACGUGAUUGGGAGAAAGUCAGUGAGCAAACACCCAACCACAGGACUGAGUCAAGCACUCACCAUGUAGCCAUUACCCUGGUACAGAAGUCUUACCGCAGAAAUACACCUGCGGCGAUCUGAGCGAGGCGAGCGACGGAAGUAAUUGACUUUGUAUUGAGUCGUGCAACAAAAGCGAUUCUGGAGACUAGAGCGAUUCUAUGACUUUCUAUGACGCGGUUCGGCGACAAGCCGCGACAACCAAUGACUGUACACUAUAGCUAUAGAGGUCAGUGACCACAGCCUA